AUGCCGGCGCGCAGCGGCAACGCGGUCGUCGUGGACCCCGCCGCCCCGCAGCCUGCGGCCCAAGCAGCCCCGGGGGCACGCGCCAACGGCACGCUCUACACCGUUGACGUGGGCAUCCAGAUGAUUGGGGUCAAAAUCGCUGGCAAGGUGGUGCACGACGCCGGCGUGCGGUUCACCCUCGCCGACGCGGCGUCCUUGCAGCCCGGUCAGCCGCGCCUGGCGCAGCGCCGCGCUUUGUCUACGGUGACCCAGCGCGCUCGGGAGGAGCUCGCCCUGCCGGAGAAGCCGCGCAACGUGGAGUACAUGAACCGCGGCCUCAUGCCGCCUCAGAGCACCGCGAACCCCUACCAGGACCGGCCCGCUCUGCCCGAGGCAGAAUCCCGUCGUUUGCGGCUCCUGGUGGAAGGCUCCGCAGAAUCCAAACGACUGGCAGACGAGAUCCUCUCGCAGUUCGCGGUUGGGGCCGACGUUUUCUUCUUUGUCCACGGUCGCGCUGGCACCGGGAAGUCCACCCUCGCCAACUAUCUCACGCACGCUGCCGAGUCCACGCAGCACGCGGUGCUCAACGUGGCCACUACUGGCCAGGCCGCUCUCCAACUGGCCCACGGCGCUACUGCCCACUCCACGUUCGGCAUCCCCACGACAGAUGACGAAUACCUCACUUCUACUGUGACGCCCAACACUGCGAAAGCCCGCAUGCUGGCACAAACGAAGCUCCUGCAAUGGGACGAAUGGCCCAUGGCCAAGAGGGCUUCGUGGGACUGCGUGGUGCAGCUGCUGCAGCGCCUGCGAGCUGACCUAUCCGACGUGUACGUCCCGAAGCACUGCGUUCGCGCGUCCCCAACGUGGGCCCGCUUCAACGUGCGCCACCUGCACCGUGCCCACCGGACCGCCGCCGACGCCAAGUUCACGGAAUGGCUGGAGACCAUUGGCAACGGCACGUGCCCCGCUCCUCACACCUGGAACGGGCACACUGGCUACGUGGCAUUAUCUGGCCUCCCGAUGGUGGACUCUGAGCAGGAGGCAGUCGACUUCGCAUUCCCCACCUUGCAUGACCCCCAUCGCUGCUCCAAAGCCAAGAUCGUGGCCACGACGAACGACAAGGUGGACCACUUCAACGCCCUCAUCCUCAACAGGCUCGUCAUGGACCACGGGCUUUCUGACCAUUCCCACUACAGCGCUGACAGUGUCGAGGUCGACGCCAACUCCGUAUUGGAUGAUUCCAUGACCACCGAGUUCCUGAAUACCCAAUCCCACCUGGGCGUCCCCCCGCACCGCGUGCGGCUGGUCCGCGGAGGCCUCUACGAGCUCAUGCGCAACCUCAACAGCAAGGAACGCUUGAUGAAUCACACGCCCGUUAUUCUGAAAGACGUUCAUCGGUUUCACGUUGUGAUUGCCGCGCUCGACCAGCGCGAGUACCCUAUUCCGCGCAUCAUCUUCCAGUGGGCUCUCGGUCGGGGUGCCUGCACUGUGCUGAGGCGACAGCUCCCCCUGCGCCCCGCGUACGCCUCCACGUUCAAUGGGGCGCAGGGCGCGACGCUCGAGAGAUGCGCCGUGGAUGCGCGGGCAGACCCCUUCGCCCACGGCCACCUGUACGUUGCUCUCGGUCGCGUGUCUCACCGGAUGGAUUUGCGAAUCCUAUCUUUUCCGGACCGGCGCACGCCUCAAGGCGAGCCUCUCAUCCGGAAUGUGGUGUGGAAAGAGCUGCUCCUGCCCCAUGGCCCAGCUCGCAGCAGCGGCGGCCCGCUUGCGGGCGCGGAGCUUCCCAUGAAAC